CCAAGUUUGGUGAAAUCACCGCGUUAUCUGGGGCUCUGUCGGCGAGGGCUCAGUGGAGAAAUCCUGUGGUGUGCACGCACAGGUUGUAAUACAAUUGGUGAGACUCCUGCUGACAGAAACACACAUCGCCAACGAGUGUGCGACCCCAAGAUUAUCACUGGCCCCAUCCGGCCCCCCAAUGGAAAAUUCUGGGCGCGCCACUGGCCUGACAAAGUUGAGCCAAAUGUGUCCAGUUCCAUUUUGGCAGCGCUUCAUCAGGACAGAUGCCGGUGUUUGUGCUCUGAGAGGAAUAACGACAUGUCAUCGGUGGUGUUAUGAAUGCAGAGAGACACUUCACACGUCCGGCACAUCUACUCUGAACGGAGGUCAGUGAUGACAUCACUCGGGUAUUGUCUGACACUUCCCAUUUCCUAACCACAUUACCAUGGCAACAGGAAGAAAAGGCUCCACCUCAAAGGCUGGCGGUGUACGUUUCCCUGACGACGACGAGCCCCCUGGCUCUCCAACACGGAAAGAUGAGUCAAACCUCUGUUCUCUCAUCGCUAUCCAGGAGAAGGAUGGCAGCUACUUGGUCAAGGCUGGUUUCCUCAAGAGCCACCAGUGUUACGAGAUUGUCUUCACCGUCCCAGAUGUCCCCACACUGGGAAAAGAGCUCUCCUGCCUUCCUUCCUCCUCUCCAUCUCGGAGGUUCCCCAACCUCCGGGUCCAUCGUAUUAACUCCACACUGGAGGGAGGUGUAAAGGUAACAUGUGAGUACAGGACUCACCAGGAGGGGGUGCUGCAGGAGGAGCUCACUCUGGUAACCAGAGGGAAAAAAGGCAGCACUCUGAAGGUCAGAUUCCAGGCCAAAGUCAUUGAUCCACAUCACGGGACUCCCAUGCUGCUGGACGGGGUGAGGUGCCUGGGUUCUCAGAGAGACGCCCGCACGAGGCACAGCAGCAGCCGUGAGAGGAUAUGACGCAAACAUACACGCGUGAUGUGCAUGUUUCUACAACAGUGAUAUUCAGUCAGAGCUCUGGGUGACAAUCAAAUGUAUAGAUAGUCAUGUGCCUCUGUUUUUUGAAGAUACAGUAAAGCAACACUCAACACAAGCCAGCUUACACAUCACGCACACACACAUACUCACCAAGCCACGUCCUGUUAAAACAAAAGUCAAAAUCAGCACCACACAUUUAGUAAUAGGCUGUAAAGUAACUGCAAAUAAAUACAUUAUCAUUUUACAGCAGUGCAACCGAGAAAAACUCAGAUAUUGACUCGUAAUGUCCCACGUCCCUUAACUGUGUGCACCACAUAUAAGAACUCUCAUCAGCACAAAGUACAUUUAACUGUUUGUGGUCCUUAUCAAGAAAAAUCGUAGACUUGCACAAGAUAAUGGUAUAAUGAUCAGUGAUAUUCAGUCUUUUCACAAAACUUUAAUGGUGGUUUCAUGAGUGUUGCUGAUCAAAGCCAGGCAUUUCUCUGUUUUCUUCAGUGGCUUCAAAAGCAGAGCCAGGUGGACUGGAGACACUCACAUUUCUGAGGUCUUCUCUUAAGUUGAUUACCUUCAGGCAGUUCAUCUUGAAAUUCAAAAUCAAUCAAAUCACAACAUUAGAAUCGAGUCGAUUUCCGGUUUGCAGGUCUGGUCUGUUGUAUGAGCUCAAACCAGUUAGAUUUUUUGCAGGGUGUACCCUGCCUCUCGCCCAAUGUCAGCUGGGAUAGGCUCCAGCACCUCCGCGACCCUCAAGAGGAUGAAGCAGUUAGAAUAUGGAUGGAUGGACGUUCUGGCAAAUUACAAAGAAGCCUUCAUCAGCAACCUGUGCUGGCGGCUUCACAGUGCUAGAUCCACUUGUUGCAUUAGUAAUAAGCAUUAUGACAACAUGAUUGAUACAGCAUUAUGUUUGUUUUAAAUAAACUAACCACUGGAAUAGCGGCGCAUGUUGUGUUUGUUUACUAGAAAAUUAAUAUGAUGAGAGGAGACAUGGCGGUGUUAGUCUCUCAAGAAAUCUAAAACUGCACCAGUGGCAACAUUUUGGAUUUGAAGCUGAUUAAAGCACUGUCCUAACUAGCUUUGAGUGAUGCAGUGUGCCAUUUUGAGCUGAACUUUUGUCAGACACCCUGUUUCUUUUUAUUCCUGUCGCUCACUUUGAAAGCACUGGAAUAGACAAGGAAUGGCUGAUCUUUAAGAAGCUGAAAUGAGGAGUUGUCUAUACAAAAAACAUCAAAAACAUAACUAAGGGACCAGCUGACAGAUGGGGGAUCGCCAUGGAGCUGAAAGUUUCUGGUAAAUGACCAUCGCUGAUAACAAGCUAGGCUACUUGCUGUUGGCUACUUGUAUGUCAUUUCCAGUAAAUAUCACAAUAUCAAAAUCAUGUUUUCUAAAAAGUAUAAACAUAGGAGGAUAGCAAGUACUCACCCAUCUUUAAGGGUGGUUAUGUCUCCAGUCUGAUCUCAAAGCAUACAGCUAUGUGCUACGUAGCUAUGUGGUGUGUUUACAUGACAUAACAGAGGUGCAUAAUAAGGGAUUCACUGUGGACAGGGAGCUCCAAUGUUGCAUGAUGUGACGUGAUAGUUGGGCGCUUGUUUGCUGUUAGGACACAGUGUCAUUACAUUCCACUUGGGAGCGGUGGCUGAGUCAACACCUCAUGGUAACUUUCAAUGCGCCAUCCAGGAUUUGAGUCAAUAUUGAACCAGUUUGAAAAUUUCUACACAGCCCAGCCCUACCCAAUAUACAAGUAAUUCAAAUCUAUGAGACGUAGUUUACAGGGUUUGUGCACGACAAUGCGUUUGCUACUGUUUACCACGGCUGCCACCAAAUAUUUUAACAGAGUACACCUUAUUAUUACACCAAUACAAUUCUCAUUGUACUAUUUUGAUAAAUCACGCAAGAAAAUUGAUUCCACCUUUUUUCAUUGGCACUGUUUGCAAUAAGAGCCACGUGUGACCACUCAGCAGCUUUCUUAAUCAAUCCACCUGUCUGCCAUCACACUGCACUAUCAGGUGACAUGAUGGUGUGUUAUUGUUGUAUUUCUAAAUAGCCAUAAAUGAAAAGAGAGAUCAUGAGGAUUUCCCAUAUAACUACAUAACCCGAUGUUUGUAUUUUAACUAUAGCUUAAAAAUUAAUUAGUUAAAGCACAAUACCGAAUACAUAUUUUAAUGUGUCAUCUUGAAAAGCAGAAAGUGUUUAAUAUGAGUGUUUACUACUAUACUUAGACCAUGAAAUAUAAAAUUUGUGGUGUAAAAUCUGAACAGAGGAAAAAAAAUCUCUUUUUCUCUGAUUGGGCAAGAAAUGCUAAUAUUAGCUAUCAUCAUCAUCAUGUUUCUGCAAAUCUUUAGCAUGUUCUCAUUCACAGGGCGCUAAAUAAGACUGCUUUGCCACACCCCUUAGCUUCUGACAUAGGCACCAAAGCACCCUUAUGUGUCGUUAUAAGACAAUGUGGGCUCUCCAGUAACUCCAGUGUAAACCCAUCUGUGGCAAUACUUGAUGCUAAGACCAGCUUAUGGGGUAUAAAGCACGAGAAAGUCAGCGUAAGGCAGAAAGGAAGGGAAAUGGAUGGGUCAAACUAAAAAGGACUUCAUUCCCUUGUGAAAGCAGAAGUCAGCGUUGUUUUAACUUAAUGUUACGUCACUUAAGUCCCAACAGUACAUCCCGACUGUACAACCCGGCUGCGUGUCCCAUGUAAAACCAAAUUCAGUCAUGUCACGCACUGAGGUCAGUCAGGUGACGCAUUUAUGCGAUGUUACAUUAAGUAAAAAAACAUACUUAUUUUCACCCAAAACAUGACAAAAGACUGCAGAGUUUUUACCCUUUAUUUGCAUGCUACUGUUUGUCACUAAGUGUAACCAAAUCCUGACCAAAUAACUAAGACAGGCCAUGUGAAUUAUAAACCAAUAGAAAUGUGUCAAAUGUUUAUUUAUUUUUUAAACUAUACCAUAUUUAUUGCAUUGUUAGAAAAAGGAAGCUGCAGCCAAGAGUGUUAAAGUUAUUUAUUAUAGGAGUACACUGAGUUAUUGGUGUAUUGUCUGAUGUGUGUAACACUAAGGUAACAUGUGUAUUCUUGGUGGAUCAUCUGCUCCAUACUAACAUUUAGCAUACAUGUUGAGAAAUAGCAUACAGCCCUUUAGCAUACAGUAAAUUAAGUGAUUGUCUUCCAAGUUCACUCCAAAAUCCAAAUACAUAGUUUUUGUCUCAUCCAUGGUGCUAUUUAUCAGUCUAGAUUGUUUUGGUGUGAGUUGCAGAGUGUUGGAGAUAUUGGCUGUAGAGAUGUCUGCCUUCUCUCCAAUAUAAUGGAACUACACAGUGAAAAUGCGCCUUGUAAAUAAUAACAUCAAUAAUAGUAAACAGAUACCUCUUUGAUUAUAAACAAACAUGUUUAUAUAUGAGAUUAAGGGUUAUAUUAGGUUAAAAAUAAACCAAUAAACAAAACCUCAAAAUAAAGCUUACAGGUGUAAGGUUAAUGUUAGGCAAGAGAAAACUCUUGCAUAAAAAGCACUGAGAACUUUCCCGAUGCAGAUCACCUUGUGGAAAGGUGUUCUUUAAUAUUCCCUCCACGCGAUAUUCAGAAUGCACAAAAUCACCCUCAACCAGAACAGUAAAAGACAGCAAAGGAGAGACCAGAGUUUCUGGCUGACAAUAUCUUCUAACAGAAGGUCUGCAUUAGACUGAGGAAGGAUCAGAAUGCCUGGGUGUGCAUUUCCCCAUCUCUCUUAAGCUUUAAGGCAGGCCGUCAUCACACCCUGAUUGGCCCAGCGGGGAAAUGCACCAAGCUGCUCUCAAUUCAUAUUGAGGAGUCAUUCCCCACAGCCUGCGCAACAGGUGAUCUGAAUGACCCUUUAAUUAACUCAGGGGAAAUGUGACAUUCUGCUAAAAUUAAUCAGGAAAUGACAGUAAGUACCACAGAAUGAGGAACUGCUACAAUUGGUGCAAUCUGAAUCGCCUACUUUUCACUUUUAGUAGGUCCUGCAGCUGCCCUUAAAGAGUACGUACUGUUGUGCGCAGUAUGCACACAAUUGGGACAUAUUACUCUGUCAUAACAUUACGCCCUGAACUUUGACCCUCUUGCUUUUAUAGCCAUUGUCUUGGAGAUAAAACACCACUUACUGAGUUUGUCAGAGAUGGAUAUCAACCCGAAACUGCAUACAUUGUCGAUUGUAACAUAUCAUUUGCAGCAGCGAAAUUACAUCUGCGUUCUCUCUUGUUGUUAUUUUUUGCAUUUAUGUCCUAUUGUUUGUAAUAUUUAUGAUUAUUUUGUUCACUUAAAAAAUAUUUCUAUUAUUACUAUUUGACCGGUCAUCAGUUAGUUGAAUGCACUGUUAUCUGUCAUUGCAACUUCUGACAGGUGUCGGUCAGCUGUCAGUCAGCUGUCAAUGAGCUGUCAAGCUGUCAUCUGUUUGCGGCUCAGCCAAUGUGAUGUAUCGUCCGCUGCACAGAGGAUUGUGGGUCAGAAUAGCCAAAGAAACAUGCUGGCUUGGAUACUACAAAGUUUUAGGACAUGCUGGUAUUUUUGGCAUACUGCAUUUGACUUAGUAUGUAUUGGGACAUACUAAAUCUUUUCUUGGCAUACUAUAUACUUUUGUGGCAUCGAUAUUGGAGUACACAGAAUGUCAUUUUCCAGAAACCAUGACCCAGUGGCUCAAGAUAAUCCACAGACUUUGUUGUGAGCAGUUUCAUGUAGGAACUACUUUCUUUCUACCAAACUCAGCCCUGCUAACCAUAUCACUAUGUACAAGGAAGCGUGCAUUCAAUAAUGGAGGAGAGGCUUGUGUUUGUAACAGCACUACAUGUAAACAUUAAUGGCAUCCUCCUCAGCUGAGGAGUAAUGUUGGCUUGCUUAGUGGUGCUAGGUGAGCUAGCAGCAGAUGCACACUUCUGUGUCGCAGUUUUUUAUUGACAGUAAUUGAAUUUUAAACAAAGUAAUGAUCAGAAAAAAUCACAAAUACAUAUUUUCCUCAACUUGUUCAACCCUAGUGGCAAUAUAGCAAAGCUUAGAUGAGGCUAGGCUUCGUAAUAACACUUUGUCAUACCAGUGGCCUAUUACUCAACAUGAAUGUUUACUGGAUGUGUUGGAAUGGAGCUCUACUGCCUCUGAUCUCUCAAAGACACAUUAAGGACCAAACAUGACAAUUCUUCAUUCAUUUACAGUUUGUUUAAACAUUGUUGAUUGUGAAAAUGCAACCUGAAGUGUGUUUAUAUGUGUUGCUCUGUUGUCUGACUGUGACCUGCCAGCAUACAGAACAUGUCCUCUUGCACCAUUUGUCUGUUUACCUGAUGUUAAUAAAGUAUCCUCUCACAUGUAAACUGUA